AUCUGGAGUAAGGCUGACCAUAAAGUCAAAACAGGACCGGCUUCAGCUACGGUUUGUUGUUUCGCUUCUAUUCCUUUUCGGUAGUGAUUUUUUUAAGAGUUCGGCUCCUCCAAGUACGAAAUUCACCAUCAAGGGAUCUAGAUACAACCAGGGGCCCACUGCAGGGUUUAUCCUGGUCCAUUUUCAGGAACGUCAAGUUCUGAAUGCCAAACAGGGUGGACAGAAGGACUGUCGUGACCUUGCUCUGAACCGGAAAUAAUUUGAGCCAAAACGUCACAGCAAGUCAUAUUGAUUACUCAAACAGCAAGAUGCAGGGCCCGUCGGUUUUCACCAAGUUCUUCAAGGCUGUCAGAAGAAUAUGUGCACUGCUUCUGAUGACUCAUCUAGUGAUUCCUGUGCAGGGAGAACCCGUUGUAGCGUGUGGCAGCGUGGGGGAGAGCCUCGCAUGUACAUGCCGGUUUCGGUACGUCUCCUGCAGGCUUGGCGACCUGACUGAAGUGCCAACCGGUAUGCGAGACGACGUCAUCACCCUAGAACUCUGGGGGAACAAGAUCACGUCCAUCCCGAAAACGGCGUUUGUUAAUCUUACCCGGUUGUACAGCAUAGAUCUUUCUCGUAACAAGAUCUCAUCUGUUGAGGUCGGCGCUUUCGAUUGGCAAGCCGAUUCUCUUUACCAACUUUCUUUAAAUAACAACGAGUUAGAGACUUUGCCAGUUGGUGUCUUUCGAAACCUUUCAAAAUUCAGUUUCUUAGACCUCGACGACAACUUGAUAUCAUCCUUGAGCGUUGGGCUCUUUCGGGGGUUGCCAGAACUAUUGUCCAUUAGUCUCAAUGGGAAUAGGAUUGCCUCUUUGCCUGUGGGUAUCUUCGCGGACUUGCCAUCAUUGAGUGAAGUAAAGUUGGCCAGGAAUAAGAUAAAGAACAUCGUCAACAUUCUGCCUGCCCUACCAUCCGAACUUUCGUCUUUGGAUUUAAAAGGUAACGGUUUAGGGAAUCUAAGAGCCGCUGUGUUCAGCGGGAUGCCCAAACUCGAGUCGCUUGAACUCGAAGCAAAUGAGAUGGAUUCUCUUCCGAAAAACCUUUUCCUUGGCCUCGACAAGUUGAGUGUUCUACGUCUUGACCACAACAUGUUCGUGGAGCUCAACCGGAGCAGCUUCGGUAGCCACCCUUUACUGAAGCGUCUCAGUUUUGCUAACAAUUCCAUCGUAAGAAUUGAGCAAGGAUUUUUCAGCACAUAUCCGAAGUUGAGGGAAAUAAAUCUUUCGACUAACGAUCUUUCAUUUCUACCUCCGGGGACAUUCGAUAACCUUACUUCUCUCAGAUACCUUCAUCUGGAAGGCAAUAAAUUAGACAAUCUCAAUGCCAACAUCUUCAGAGACCUGGAAGACCUCCGGUAUUUAUAUCUACAAGAAAACGGCAUCAAAAACCUGCCUUCUACCAUUUUCUAUGGUUUGAGAAACCUCAUAAUUCUAUACCUCGACAGCAACGAGCUCUCGGUGAUUGAGAACGGCACUUUUAGCAACCUCCCAAAGAUAGAAUAUAUCUUUCUGGAAAAGAACCCGCUCGUGAACAUCACCUGCGACGUGCUCCCUUCCCAGAACGUAUCGAAGAAGUUGUGGGGAAUCGGCGUUGACUGCACGUGCGAGUGGAAACCCGUGUACGAUUGUCCAGAGUUUUCCUGGUUCGAUUCCAUCGGGACAUGUAAUGCCAAACAGGGUGGAAAGAAGGACUGUCGUGACCUUGCUCUGAACCAGAAAUAA